UUGACACAUUUUAUAAACGUAAAGCUGGCUUUUCUUAUCCAAUAUGGCGGGUGAUUCAAUAUUUGCAAAGACGAAAUGAAGCGAUGAACAUAAUUUUGCAACAGGAGGCAUCACCUUAUAUUACCAGACUAAACCAGUCUCUUUAUUGAAGGCUUGCAACCAUAUCACAGCGGAAACUUUACAUAUAAUCUGCAAAGGAUUGAAUGUGUCAGCAAUGUCAGGAUCAAGUGACGAUCCAUUUCACAUCGGGCCUUUCUCCAGCAGGUCUACCAAAGAGCAGAUAACACCACACAAACUCUCUCUGCUUGUUUUGCUGCAUGAAUAUCAAGUCAUGCGGGGCUUCAUCCCAGCCACAGACAUGGAUGAUAGCACCUCCUGCAGGGGUGUGGCUUUGGUAAAUUUCACAGAGAGGGAGAAACGACAUUUUAUGACAACAAUGCUGGAUCUGUUACAGUGUCCUGAUCUGAAAAUUAAGGACCUCAAAGCCCGUCUUCAGCCUCUAUUACAUCCACAACUAAUGAGUUCAUUUCUGUACAGGCUUGAACAGUUUAAGCUUGAAGGGUCAAUGGCAGUAAUGGACUUUAUCGACACUCUGGGCUCCUACGUGUAUAGCAAUCACAAUGACAUGCUCAUUCAUCGCUCCAGUGUUGCAGGGAUUUUUGUUCGACGUCUUUGGCUGUCGUUUAGUCGGCUGUCUUUCAGCCAAGUAUGUGAUUUCCAUGCUCGUCUAUGCACUUACAUUCAAGAAGGCGAGCAAAUGGAAGUGUCAUCUGCAUGCCUGACGGAUUCCUUUAUGAAUUUUUGUACCUCUCAGUCCAUGCCACGUGGGCUGCAUCUGGAGGACAUCUCCAAUGACAGUGAUGACACGUGUCAAAAUAGAGCAUACUUUUCCCAAAAACAGGCAGAAUUCUUCAUUGCUCAACAGGCGCAGCUGCUAUCACAUGAUGAGAACAAGGCCUUAUCACCAAACAAGCUUCAAGAACAAGUAACUGCUAUCCUCCAGGCAAACCCAGACUUGGCAGAAGCACAUUUCCUAAGUUAUCUUAACAGCCUACGAGUGAAGGAGUACUGCUCAGCCUUGCACAGUCUUUACCAUUAUUUUGAUCGCAAUGCUCGUCUUAUGGGGGAAGUAACUCCAUCCAAAAAAUGGGAGGAAGAAGUGAGUCGUCGCUAUGCAGCUCUGAACUUAGCAGCUCUGCACUCCCAGUUUGAUCACAAGGUUGAGGCCAGAGCUGCACUGCUUGAAGCAAUCCGAAUGGCACAAGAAGCCAAUGAUCAUGUCUGCCUUCAACAUGCUCUGGCAUGGCUUAACCUGUUGUCAGAUCAGGGAACACAGAAGACUGCAUCACAAAUGGAACGUUCCAUUGCCAAAAGUGGAGAACUCAGUCUGCCGUAUUUGACAUCACUAGGGGUGUUGAUGCUGGCGAAACACAAUGCCCUAGCUACAGCUAAACCAGCCAGUGUACUGGAGUACAUGAUGAAGAGCAACGUCAUCAACUGUCAACAUUCACUGUAUGCAAUGAUGGCAGUCAGUGGAGCACAGAGAGCUGCUCUUUGGAGUUACUAUGGCAACAGAGAAUGUGCUUCAAUGUGUGCACAAACAGUGCUAUGCCUCAAUACAUCUGAAAGUGGUGUUUUCUACAAUGGUGAGCCAAUCUGCAUGGCACUUUGUCACCUGGCACGUCACCAUGCUGACAAGGGAGCCUACUCUUGUGCAAUGGAGAUUCUGCAACAUGCACGGCAGAGAUUCCCGCCUCACACAAAGCAUGCCUACCUGUGGCAAAUGUGUCAGCAGUAUAUCAUGUUUGAGCGAGCGCUGCUGGCUGGGCGAUGGGCAGAGGCUGAGAGAGCAGCUGGCAAUGUGCGGGCCCUUAAUGAUGCAGAAGGAAGACUAUUGCAAGCCAUCUUGCAUCGAGAGCAAGGCGAAGUGAACACCAGUCUUUCCCUGUUGCAUACACUGGUGGACUUAAGUUCAUCAAGCAAUGACUUCUUGCCAGACUUGAAAUGCAGAAUUCUGUUGGCACUAGCUGAGGUAUACCUUCUGACUGGAAACCAUACAGCUGCCUUGCCACAUCUGGCCAACUGCUUGACCCAUGCCAACACCCACCAUCUAGUUUACCUGGCUGCUAUGUCAACAAUGCACCUAGCAGUUAUACAGCUGCGAAUGAAGCUGCCAAGCCAGGCUCUUAAUCUGCUGGAGACAGUUAUGUUGACUGUUCUUUCUCACGGGUCUUCCUAUGAUCGUGCACGUCUGCUUUUCAUUUAUGUUCGAUGCAAAGUGGCCUCUGCUUCUUUGUCACAUUUUACACAAAGAACUUUUGCAGGUAAUUCUGAUGCAUCUGGCUUGCUUACUGCUGAUGCCCCGAUGGCAGACUGUCCCUUAACUGCACGCAACAGCAACGUGAUGUUGGAUGCUUGCUGUCUGAUGACAACUGUUGUCCGGCUCUUUGAAUCCAUUGAGGCCACCAGCAGAGUGAAAGAUGCUGUUUACUAUCUAGCUCGACUUUAUCAUCAACUGGGCAACACAGCAGAACGAAACCGUUGUGCACACCGCUUCAAGCAGCUGGACCAGCAAGUGCCCACGCUUGCUGCUGUUCGUGUUAACACCAUUUAAGUUGUUGUAUACAGGACAUGUUAUGCUCUAUGUAUAUAUUGACGUGUGAGAGCCUAAGAUCCAGUGUUGAGUACAAGAGAGAAAAAAGAAAAUCAUGUUAGCGGUUGAAAAAUCCUAUCCUGGAAUGCAAUAAGCUCAGAGGAAGCCAUCUCACACCUGGUCAGUAAAUCAGUACUGCUGCAUGUGCAUCAUGUCUCAGGAAUUGUUUGAGUAGCAUUUAAAACUACUCGUCUUAGUUUUGGCAGACCUCUUUUUUAUUUAACAAAGGAGGUUGGAGCUUAGGAAGUUAACUGUUUGUGUGUGUAUUUAUAUAGUUGUUUGUUUUUUUGUUUAUAGGCACUUGACAUCAGUCAACAAAAAAUAAAAUUAUCUCAGUUCAGAUUCUUUUGUAAAUUUUAUUAUUUUUUUUUUUAAAGUUUUUGGGGUUUUUUUUUUAAAUUCUAGUAUCAGAACUAUACACAUGUAAGAUGUCUCCUCGUUUUCUUGAUCUACAACUGCCCUCAGUGUAAGAGAUUCUGCUUCAAAGCAAAACUUGAGAAGCUGACAUCUAUUCAUACUGAUUCCUAUGUAUCACCUGCCAUGCUGUCACCAGACUGAUUCUCCAAAGCAUACCAAAAAAUCCAAAAGUAAAAGGGGAAGUGGAAGAAAUUGUUUCAAACUAAUCACAAAUACCAAACACCAACUCAACACUCCUUUUAGACACAUGCACUAAGAAUUUCUGAUGCUAGGGGUCUAGCACCAAAUCUCAAUAAAAUAUGCUUGGACUUGAACAUUUGUAUAUAUAAUGCUAAAGCAGAAUAUAAUGUUAAUUAUAAUUAAACAUUUACACAAUUAUCACAGAAAUUAAUACUACUGAUUUGAUUAUUAAUC